AUGUUGAUGUUCUGUCCUACAUGUGGAAAUCUUUUGGGUGUUGAAGAAGGACCCCAGUGUUUUCGAUUCGCGUGUCGCACUUGCCCAUAUGUUUUCAACAUUACCCGUAAAGUCAGCAGUAAGUCGUUCCCUAAACUGAAAGAAGUGGAUGAUGUACUUGGAGGAUCUGCCGCUUGGGAGAAUGUUGAUUCAACAGAAGCUACUUGUCCUAAGUGUGAUCACCCUAGAGCUUACUUCUUGCAGAUGCAAACACGUUCUGCUGAUGAGCCCAUGACCACUUUCUACAAAUGCUGCAAUCACGAGUGCUCCAAUCUUUGGCGUGAUUAG